AAAACAAAUUUUAGUUCCAUGGAAAUAAUAAAUUAACGUUAUGAUGACACUUUGAACUUGUCCCAUCAAAAUAACAAAACAAAUAAAAUAAAAUACACAACAAAGACCUCUAGAAAUGCUAGAGUGGUAACUAACCAUAGUAAUGGUUGAGUAAAUUUCAUAGUAUUCAUAAGAUACUUACUUACAUUUAAAAAAGGAAAGUGUUACUCUGCUACUGGAGAACUAAAUUGCUACAGGUUUUUAUUUUUUGUUGCUGUACUUACUGGUAUUCUGUUGUUUGCAGUUUGUGGUAGAGCACGAACAUACAAACAAACAAACGAACAAACAUCUUUACUUAAGAAUGUCUUCAGAUCGUUUUCACAAGGCAGCUAAAGAUGGUCUUUUGGACGUACUGAAAGAGGCCACACGCAAAGAUACAAAUUCGAAAGAUGAUGAUUCCAUGACUCCAGUAUUAUGGGCAUCAUUUGAAGGACAUUUAGAGGCACUACGCUUACUUUGUGGCAGAGGUGGCGACCCCGAUAAAUGUGACCAGUUUGGCAAUACGGCCUUGCAUUUAGCAUCGGCCAAGGGACAUUUACGUUGUGUAGAUUUUUUGGUUAAAUUUGGUGUCAAUAUCUAUGCUCUGGAUAUAGACAAACAUAGUGCCAAAGAUUUGGCAGCAAUUAAUAAUCGUGAUGAAAUUUUACGUUAUUUGGAUGCAGCUACUGCAAAUUUCGAAGCUAACGACAGGAAAAAAGCUAAAGCUAUGAAAGAAGUUGCGGAGAAGAAUUGCGAAAAACGCAUUAAGGAAUACAUGAAACGUCAACAGAAACAGGAUCAAGACUUUAAAGAACUGAAAUCAUCUAUUUCGCCGACAAAUGGUGGUAAAUCUGGCAAAAUGUUGUCAACACUUAAGCAGAAAAUUUGGUCAAGUCAAGGAAAUCUGCAUAAAGUAGCCAAAGAGGUGUCACCAGGACCUACAAAUGGCUCAGUUAGUGGCGGUGGUGUUAAAUUCAGUGAAUUGGUACAAACGGGUUCGGGCAGUUGUGGUGGUUCUGUUGCCAGUCGCAAAGGAAAUACCGUGUCGAAAAUGAAAGGCUGUACCGGAAUGGUGGACAGCGGUUUUAAAAUUGGAGAAAUUGAACCAGAUGGCAGGCGUACUAUAACCUCGUUAAGUGGUGUACAAAGAGAUUCUGAAGUUCUCUAUGUGGGCACAUUUAGUUCGAAUGAGGACAAUGGAAAGCGAGGAAAAAUAAGUGGGCUAUUUGAGGUGGAAGAAUCUUGCAAUUCUGAUACAGAUCAUGCAAAUAGUAAAACAGGCUAUGGUACUCUGUCCAGAUCAUUUUCACAACCCGACAUUUUGGCUGACAAUGAGUCCAGUGAUCAUUUGAGGUCUGAAAUGACUUUGCAAAGGCCCACAGGCUUAUUUGAUCGGCCAAUGUUGGGUAGCAUCGCUUUUCGUAGAUCCGUAACGGCCGCCCUGAGUCAACUCAACAACGAUGCCUACACUAUGGACCAAGAUGCUACGACACAACCUUCGACUCGCACCAAUUCAAUUAGCUCAAAAUCUCGUUCGGGAAAACAGAGAUCAUUCUUAAAUCUUACUGAUUCCGAUUCGGAUGGGGCGGAAGCCUACAGUGACGAAGAUGACGAUCAAGAUGUAGCUGGGGGGCCUAUACAGCGGUUUCUUUGCGUCUGGGGCUUGGAGGAAUAUUUACCUAUUUUUCAAAAGCAACAAAUUGAUUUGGACACAUUAUUGCUGUUAACCGAAGCUGAUUUAAAAUCUCUUGGUCUACCGUUGGGUCCAUUCCGCAAAUUAAGCUUUGCUAUACAAGAACGCAAAAAUGCUUUGGCUAAUCCUGGCAUAAUGAAGGAUUCCCAUUUAUAGGAAUUUCUUAAGCAACUGGUUACUGCUACUUUUAAUAAAUUAAUUAUUUUUACUGCCUAUUUAGUUACCACACUCAAUUAGAUGUAUCUGUAACAUAUUUUAUAUUUUGCAAGCUAUAGAAUUGUACAAAAUUAAAGAAUUUUAUAAAAAUAAUAUUUAAUUAUAAAUGGGUUUGAUGUUUCUGAUGUUUUCGACAAAUCAAACCAUCGCCAAACAAAUUAAUUGCAGAA